AUGCCACCUAAACAAGACAGUAAUAAUAAAGUGAAGAAGAGAGUAAGAAAGUCAAUUACAAUGGAGGUUAAAUCUAAGAUUUUAAAACUCAAAGAUCGCGGUUAUUCGACUUCAUCUAUUGGACGAGAACUUAAUUUAUCACGCACGACGGUACAAACAAUAUUGAAAGAUAAAGAAAAACUCUUAACAGCUCUUCCUUCCGUCUCUUCAAACAGCACUAUUAUACGCAAAAGGAAUGCUUUAAUUUAUGAAAUGGAAAAACUGUUGUACAAUUGGAUUCAAGAUCAAACUCAGCGACGGGUUCCUCUAAGUUUGGCUAUUAUACAAAAUAAGGCGCUGAGUAUCAUCAACACACUGCAAAAUAAACGUGGCGAGAAUAAUAGUGACGAAACAAAAUGUUUUUCUGCCAGUCGCGGAUGGUUCAUGCGCUUUAAAACGAGAUAUUCGUUACAUAACAUUCGAGUGCAAGGAGAAGCUGCUAGUGCCGAUCAUGUGGCUGCUCAGAGUUUUCCUGGAAUAUUAAAGGAAAUUAUCGAAAGUGGAGACUAUUCGCCUAAACAAAUUUUUAACGUGGACGAAACUGUUUAUAGGUCUGAAAAUCCUCGAGCUCUCAAAAAUUACGUCAAGAGUACUCUUCCAGUUAUAUGGAAGGCUAAUCCAAAGGCAUGGGUUACAUCUAUACUUUUUGAAGAAUGGUUUACUAAGCAUAUAAUACAUGAAGUGAAACAGUACUGUUCAAACAAUAAUUUGGCUUAUAAAGCUUUACUUAUUUUGGACAAUGCUAAAUUGGCCAUCCUGUGCGUAUUGCCGAUAUUGAUCCUCAAAUCAAAGUCGUGUUCUGCCUCCCAACACCAUAAAACAACCGAUGGAUCAAGGAAAAAUGCGUCUUUUAAGGCCUAUUAUCUCAAGAACUUUUUCACAGGCUGUAAAGGGAAAAAAAUGACUGAUGAAGAUCUUAUUGAAUUGGAGGCACAAGUACAAAAGGAAGCACUCGAGUCACAAGAAAUAGCUUCUUCUAUUAGUGAAAAAACUCUGAAAAAGAACUUACACUAA